AUGGAAAAAGAAUUAUCAGAAACGUCAGUCUCAUCAUCUUUGCGAAGAAAAUCUAUUUUGGUACAGAAUUCAUUACAACCUAAUUUAGUAGAAAACAAUGAUGAAGCUGAAAAAUUGGCUAGACGAUAUGAAAUAAGUGCUACAUCAAUAGAAAAUGUAAACACAAGCAAUAAACGGAGAUCUUUGGGGCUUGGGUGUUUAGCCCAAAUGUCAUCACAUCAAAUAAAAGAUCAUAUUAUUGAAUGUAUAAAACUUAAUACUGAAAACAAAAUUAAUGUGAAAAAUGCAUUUAAACUUGAAAUAAUUGACUUUAUGUCAUAUAUGAUAAAAAAACAAGAUGCUAACAUAUGUAAUCUGCAAGCAGCUAGUACAUCUUUAGAUGUAAGCUCAAAAAUCUACGGUUUUCGUGUAGAUGGAGUUCAUACAGAAAUAAUGAAGAUGGUUGGUGGAAUAGAUAAACAGCAUGAUAACAGUCCAAUUGAUGAAGUAAAUGAACAAUUGGAUACUGAGCUACAAAAUGAGAUAAACGAUGUACAAAAGAAAAGAAGAAAAAAGAAAACUAAACAGAAAAUUUUUAGUAUAGCAGAAAAUUUAAAAGGAGCUGUAGAAAUUAUGAAACCUUCUUGGAUAAUGGAGAAUAAAGAUUCACAAACUACAGAUGAAUUGUAUCAAGCAAUGCUAUCAAAUCAUGCAAAUUCAAAAUAUUCUUUACAAUUGUAUAAUGAUGUUAUUAUGGAUAUUGUAGAACAUAAAGCAAAUAAAAAAAGCACAAAAGUAACUAUUUCACAGAUAGAAGAUUUUUCUAAUCUAGAAAUAUGUCCACCUUUAACUAAUUUUGAUUUUCAAGACUGGAAUUAUGGUGUUGACAAAGAAAAAAAAGAAAAUAAAAACACAAAAUCAAAGGAAAAUAAUGAAAAUGGAUUUCAAUUUGAUUUAGAUGCUAGCUUACCAUCUGAGAAUGAAAUAUUUCAUGAUGAUUUGAAUUAUUUGGAUAUCCAAGAUGAUGUAGAAAAUAUAACGAAAUGUGUUGAGAUAGAAAAACCACCAGAAAAAAUUGUAGAUUUAUGUAAAGUUUUAUCUAAUGUCAAUGUGACUAAGCCAUCUGAAUACUCAUUUCUUCAGAAAAGUUCGAGUAUACACUGGGCUGGUCCAUCUCACUGGAAAAUGAACAAUUUUACAAAACUUUCUGGAAGUAAAAUUAUUGCUGCCUGCCCACAGAAGCCGGGUAGAAAAAAAAAAGAAAUAGAAAUAUGUUACGAUGAUAGUAUAAGAGCAGAAAUAUUAUCAAAAUUUAUAAUAAGUAAAGCUUCGAAGUUUGAAAUUGUCAAUUUAGACUGGAAUGAAGAGAGACUUACGUUGCCAAGAGACAUGCAUUAUAAUAUUGCAAGUGCCAGUAAAUUGUACCUUCAUGAAUUAAUACAUAUAAAUAUAAAAAAGCAGGAUCAAUUAGAUGCUACUCAUAUAUCUGAUAUAGAAAAUUAUAAUUAUGAUAAUGAAAAUGAUAUAUCAAAUUAUUGUCCUGAUAUUCCUAAUGAAGACUAUGCAAGUGAAGCUAAUAAUGAACCUGUAUAUAAUAGAGUUGAAGACGAUGAAGUAGCAGCCCAAAUGAUUUUUACUGGAGAUAAUUUAGUAGCUAUUCCUAAAUUAACCAAUAAAAUAUCUAUUACAUAUAGCACACAUGCUAAAACAAUUGAUAUGAGACAAUUAAAAAAAUCCAUUUGGAAAAGCCUAACUAAAUGUAAUAAUACAGAAAUUACAAAAAAUGAAGAAGAAAAAAAGAUAGAAAAUAGAAGUUUUAAUGAAAUUUAUAAAGUAUUGCCGAAUCUAUUAACAAAAACUAAUAUAGAAGCUCUAAGUUUUCCUAUUUCUUUUGUAUCCUUGUUACAUUUAGCAAAUGAGAAAACAUUGAAACUACAAGCUGUUCCAGAUAUGUCUGAUCUUAUUAUAGAAGCAAAUUAA